AUGCCUCUAGUCGUCUCACCCGUCGUUGAAGAUGAUAUCCCGAUCAUAGUAGCGAUCGAGCAUGCAGCCGUGGCUCAGAGCCCGCUACAUCCCCUUUCCAUCGCUAGGCGAAGACUAGCUAAUUUCGAGGCCAAUCGAGAAGUCUCAGAAGAGGAGUAUCUGAAGCGUAUGGGAGAUGUUGUUCGCACAGCAUUUCGUCGUCGCGCAGAAGACAACACGUCCUUCUACAGGGUCACGGACACAGGCAUCCCAUCAGAAUGCGACAAGUAUCAUGGAAUUGUAUCGUUCAUCGUGUGGCGAAUUGAGACACGAGAUGGUUACAGCGGCAACACUGAUUCUGACGAGAAAGGAUGCGAGACUAGAGGUUCAACCCGUAUUGCAGCAUCUAGGCCGAGCCAACAAGGUGCGACCAGCCGCGACCUGACGAGGAUUGAUGAAGAAAGAAUGAGCGCAUUUUCAGAGACUGCAGUUGGGAGGGAGCUGAAUCGACUUGCAGCUCUAUUCAGGAAGAAGCACUUCCCUAAUGAGCCCUACCUUCUUUUCGAGGUUGGAAUGACGCUCCCAGCGUACUGGCGGCGUGGUGCACUUAGCCUAUUGAUUAAACAUGCUGUGAAGGUUGCUGAUGAGAGAGGUAUCAUAUCUGCGAUGCAGGCCUCGGAUAUGGGUUGGAGGCUGUAUCAAAAAUUGGGAUUUGAAGUGAUGAAUGAGACGGUUUUGGACUUGAGGCCGUUUGGCAUCAACGCCUGUAUCCCCCAUCGGGAUAUGAUGCGGCGGCCCAAGGCGCUAUUGAAGUCUACCGCGAAACUGUAG